CAAGUUCAAUCCCGGUCAACAUGUCUUACAAGCAAGAGAAGGAGUUCGGCGAGGGCCCUAAGGUCCACAAGAUCCGUAUCACCCUCACCUCCCGCAAGGUCGCCUCCCUUGAGUCCGUCUGCGCUGCUCUGAUCGAGCGUGCUCGCUCCAAGUCCCUCCAGGUCAAGGGUCCCGUCCGUCUUCCCACCAAGACUCUGCACAUCUCCACCCGUAAGACCCCCAACGGUGAGGGUUCCAAGACCUGGGACAAGUACGAGAUGCGCAUCCACAAGCGUCUCAUCGAGUAUGUACCCCAAUAUCUACAUUGCCCUGGGCAGCAUGCCUUGGAGUGAUUAUUGAACAGAAUGCUAAUGGUUCUAUAGCCUCCUCGCCCCCACCGAGACCGUUAAGCAGAUCAUCAUCAACAUCGAGGCUGGUGUUGAGGUUGAGGUUACCAUU